AUGGCUCCGCUCAAAUUGCCCAAGAAGGGCAAACAGAAACAAACUCACAUCGACUUCUCAUCCAUCGACACCGCGCGCGCAUCCGCACCGCAAGACUGGGGGCCAGACGACUGGCUCCAAGAGGGCGACAGGCAGGACGAGAACGGCACGCGCUACCAGUCCGGCUCGAAGGCCGCGCGACACUUUACCAACUCGACAGUCUGCUACCGCCUCGCCGCCUCGCUCUCUCCAGCCGACUUUGACGCGCGGUACAACGCUGCUCGGGCAUACCAGACACUCGCGACGGACCACCUCCCGCCGCCGGAAUGUGCGACGGCGCUCGAGACGGCGAGGGACGGGUACAGGGAGGCUCUCGGGGUGCUUGUCGAGGGAGAGGAAGGCACAGCGACGGCGCGGAUUGAUGCGCUGUUCAACCUGGCGCAGGCGGACGUCGCGCUGUUCGAGAUGCUCGAGGAGGGAGUCGUGAGUGAGCCGGACGAGGACGAGCGCAAGGCGCACUUGGCCAAGGAGGCGAGGGACUUGUUUGUCGAGGUCGAGCGGUCGCAGCGCGUCGAGAUGGAGCGCUUCUUCGGCCAGGGUGGGCCGGUAGGCGCAGAGGACGACGCCGCGGCGGACGAGACGGCAUCCGUGGCGAGCGGCGCCGAGACGUCCGUCCAGGCUAUCCAGACGACCAUCGUCACGCCCCAACUCGUCAUCGACACGCUGCUCGAGUCCAUCGCCUUCGACAUCUCCCUCCACGACUCCUCUCUCAGCUCCGACCCUGACACACAAGCCCAGCUGCGCCAAUCCGCCAUCGACUCCUUCGCCCGGGCCACGACACUCCGCUCCACCAUCCCAAGCGAGAACCCCGAGCUGGACUUUGAGCUUGCACAUACGCAGGCGACGCUCCUCACGACCUUCUCACCAGCCGAAGCGACCCCGUUCCUCUCGCACCUCCUCGCCUCCUCCCCCUCUGCACGCAUCGAACUCCUCUCCCUCUACGCCGACCACCUGCUCGACUCGCUCUCCCCAUCCGACUCACUCUCAAACGCCCUCUCGACCCUCCAAACCGCUUUGCGGACCUACGAACGAGCCUCAUCCCUCCUCUCGAAUCGCCUUUCCCCGCCUAAACAGAUCCCAGCGUCCCACCUCCCCUCACUCCUCGCGUCCAACCUUGCUUCCCGCGCGCAAGUGCACCUCCUAGCGUUCCACCUGAUCAAACGCGCGCACGAGGUGGACCCAACAAGCGCAAAAGCGGAAGUCCCCUUCGCGCAGGGUGAAGAACACCUCCGACUCGCGCACUCCCUUGCGCUCGAGUCCUCAGCAGCUCCCAAAUCCGGUCUCGCAUUGGUCAUCUCUUCCUCCGCCACCGCCGCAGGAGGACCUAGCACCAAACCGCCCCUCGCAAUCGGCCGGUCUCCACCCUCCAUCGAACCCCGAACCGACUGGCGCACGCUCUCAGCCCUUCGUACCGCACUCUUCACCCUCGUCCGUAUCCGACUACGGAUGGACCCUUCGCCUGAAGGACUUACGAACGAACGCUCGCGGUUUUGGGCGCUGUGGAGGGCGUUGGGGCUUGCGCGAGGGGGAGAGAGCGAGGGAGAGGUUAGGAGGAGAGAGGUGAGGUGGUGGAUUGAGGAGAUGGAGGGGGAUAAAGUGGGUGAGGUGGUGGGUGAGGAGGAGGCGAGGGGGGAGAGGGAGUGGUGGGAGGGGCUUUUGGCGUAG